UUGAGUGAUAAUUGAUUAUUUAAGUGACUGAUUGAUUUUGGUUUCAUUUACUCUAUUUUGUAGUUUGAGUUGGAUUAGCUUAUUGUGAAAGACAUUUAAAACACAUACUAACAUUCGUGAAUUUCUCAAUUUAUAGAAAUUACUUGCAAGGAGACGCUUUAGAGCAGAGAUUAUUUGAAGCAGUAAAUGCGGCGUUUGUUGAAAUCGAUAAAGUCUCUGGCCAGUUUGAUCCCGGACAGUACAUCAAUUUUAUUGUUACCAACAUUCUGACGAGCAUGUGCUUUGGUGAAAAAUACGAUUUUAACGAUAAAGAAUUUAGUCAUCUUUUGAAAAUGGAAGAUGUACUGAUUAAAAAAAUUACUGAGGGUGUGCCAGAAGAUUUUAUACCAGGUCUAAGAUAUGUAUACAAGUCAAAAGCAUUUAAAGAAUUAGAGGGAUUAAAGGAUUGUCUAAUAGAAGGUUUCAUUAGGAGGAAAUACAAGGAAAGUGAGUCAACUUUUAACAAAGAUGACAUUCGGCAUUUCACUGACACUUUGAUUUUUGCUCGCAUGGAAGCAAAAAAAGAGGAGGGAAUGCAAGCACUUAGUGCCCUGGAUGAAGAUCAUUUAAUUCAAACGCUUGCUGAGAUAUAUUUCGCUGGCAUAGAUGCACUGCGACUUACACUCGAGUUUGCCCUGUUGCAUAUGGUCGCUUUUUCAGAUAUUCAACGUAAGGUCCAAGACGAGAUAGCUAACGUCGUUGGAAAGGAAAGAUUGCCGGGACUAGCAGAUCGCCCUAAUCUUGGUUACACCGAAGCUGUGAUACAUGAAAGUAUGCGCCUAGCAACCAUCGGUCCAACCGGAAUUUUUCAUGAAUCAUCCUGUGAUUCGGAAAUUUGUGGUUACAGAAUUCCUAAAGGAACAAGCGUAGUCAUCAAUCACUGGGCGCUUCACAAUGACCCAAGCGCCUGGGAUGACGUUGAUAGGUUUAUUCCACAGAGAUAUUUAGAUGAAGAUUGUAAACUAGGACCCAAGCCAAAAAGCUGGCUGCCAUUUUCGGCGGGAACAAGAGUGUGCCUCGGCGAAUUUGUUGCAAAGCCGAUACUUCAUUUAAUCUUUGCAAGUCUGAUGCAACGCUACAAAUGGAAAAUGGAGUCUGGAAUAUGUCCAGAUAUUAAUCCAGUAGGAACACCUUUUACUUUGUCGUGUAAGCCAUACAAAGUUAUUGCUGAAAAAAGAAUAUAAUCCUUACAUGAUAUACCACAAAUUGUUCAGACAAUGCCCAUUGCAUACCCUUGACAGUAUCUUUGUUCAUAUGACUGUACAUGUUAAGAUAUUUGCCAAGUAUAGUCAAUUUUCUAAGGA